CACUCCAUUCUGCAUAUUCUUGCUCAUGAGACUGUUCUCCUAGCCCACCUCCUCCUCGUCGUCCUCCUCUCACUACAACCCUUUCACAAUUCCAUCCCUUGACGUCUUGUACUUCGUAUUAUCUCGUGUCAAAUUUUUGAUUUCUAUUUGUAUGUCGGUGUCCCAUCUUCUCACUCGCUAGGAAACAAUAGUCAGCCACAUUCAUUGCGGACUCUACGACGGGCGCUCUUCAGAAACGCAUUUUCCUGUCAGGCAAACAUUCCUUGCGUACUAAUCGACGACAUAAGCGACAAGCAUUUUUAUACGAACACCCUCCCGCACCUUAAUUAGCGACAUUCCAACAUCGUCUUCACUCGUCCGUGAUUGCUGGUCAAUCACUAUUCUUUUCCCCAACCGACCGCUAGCCUCAGUCUCAGCUGCGUCUCAGGACAAAUGCCUGCAGUGUAGAGAAAUCCUGCUUCUCUUCGAAAUGGCCGAGACGACGAGCCACCCCCUUCCUCCUACACCUCCUCCAAACAUCUACUCCCCUCCUCUGCGAUCCGACAGUCCGCAGAUAAUAGAGCCGGUGGAAGAGCGCGGGAGAGGUGUUACUCCCAUCUCGCGGCCGAACACCUCACCAUCUAGAAAAAUGAGUGGUCCCACGAUAUCCAUGUCCCCUGCGGAUGGCCGUCCCUACAAAGACUCAUAUGCGGCGGCCGGUGCCGACUUCAACACUCACGAUUAUCCUUUGUCACAGACUCCCGAUUCCCUGGCUCCAGGCAGGACAUUGACUCCUCAGCAUGUUCCGCAGCAAGAUCCGACCAGAUUAUCCCCUGCACCACAAGCCAUACUCCGGGUGCGGCCUGGCGAAGGGGGGGCUGAUCACCGACGAGUCUCGUCAGAGACUUUCACCAGUCAUGGCGGCAUAGAGUUGACACCUUUUCAAAAGAGGAACAUGCGACACGUAUCGACCUCUGCGCUGGAAGAGGAGUCGACCUCAGAUGUCUUUGAGCCGUUGCGGUACCAUCAUCAACUAUUGGAAGACGCAGAGUUGGACGCCGUCGAGAAGCGCGCUUCGAGGAUGACACUUGGUACAGAUGGCUCUGGCCAUGCAGACACCUCUCGUAUGAGCACGUACGGCAGGAAUCUGCAGAGACCGGACUCUGGGUUCUCCAGCACAUCUGACUUCCGCGGACGAAACUAUUCACCUAGUGUGUCUCCAUCCCGACCAAUCUCAAGAAGUUCUCGGUCGCCUGACACGAGGCCGUUAUCAUAUGUUGAUCUUUUGAACGUCCCAUAUCCCCAACCUCCUCCGAAUGGUGCAGAAAACUUGGUGAAUUCGGGCCUACGGACCGUGGUCGGUAGCAAUGCCAACCUGUUGUCGACCAGGAAGACGCUGGAUAUGUACCGGGCCAAUGUCAAGAAGACCAGUGAUCCGGCUGUUCAGUACGAGUUUGCAAUCUUCAUGAUCAGUGCAGCGCAAGAAGAAGGACUGGAAGCUGAAGGCUUCUCCGAUGCGCCCGUAUCAGAGAAAUCCCAUGCUUCGGCGAAGGACGAUUUGCUGAAGGAAGCCAAGCACAUCUUGCAGAAAUUAUCCGAUCGAUCUUACCCAUUUGCGCAGUACUACCUGGCCGACGGCUAUGCCUCUGGACUCUUCAACAAAGGCAAAGAAGAUUGGGAUCGCGCAUUUCCUCUAUUCCUGGCCGCCUCCAAACAUGGUCACGCCGAGGCGGGAUACCGUACCGCAUUGUGUUACGAGUUCGGUUGGGGCACUCGAGUAGAUGCAGCCAAGGCUGUGCAGUUUUACCAACACGCUGCAAGCAAGAACCAUCCCGGAGCUAUGCUUCGACUUGGACGUGCGUGUCUGACUGGUGACAUGGGUCUAACAAAACGGUACCGUGAAGGCAUCAGAUGGCUCAAACGAGCUGCAGAAUCGGCAGAUUUCCAGUAUAACCAAGCUCCCUAUGAUCUAGGCUGUCUGCAUGAGACGGGCUUUGGUCCUGACGUAUUCGUCGACGGAACCUACGCUGCACAACUGUUCACCAAGGCUGCUGAUCUGGGACAUGUCGAAGCCAACUACCGCCUCGGCCAAGCAUACGAAUUCGGUCAGCUCAACUGCCCCAAUGACCCUGCCCUCAGUAUCCAUUUCUACACUGGUGCAGCUGAGCGCGGACAUGCAUUAUCACAGAUGGCGCUUUGUGCUUGGUACAUGGUAGGAGUGCCUGCCGUCUUGGAGAAGGACGAAAGCGAAGCAUAUGAAUGGGCGAAAAGGGCUGCAGAGCAAGGACUGGCAAAAGCACAAUACACUGUGGGUUAUUUUACGGAGAUGGGCAUUGGUUGUCGACGUGAUCCGCUCGAGGCCAACGUCUGGUAUGUGAAAGCUGCCGAUCAAGGUGAAGAAAGGGCCAAACACCGCAUCGCUGCAAUCACAGCUGCUGGUAAUGGUGCAGAUCCUGUCACUGCGGCGGCUGGAAAGAAAGCUGUGUUGCGUCCCAGCAAGAGUUCUGGGAACAUUGGACGUCAGGAAGGUGAAAAGAAGAAAAAGUUUGGUAUCUUCUGACCAAUGCAUCACGUCUAGCAUUCGACGGCGUCAGUCAUGGGACAACUUCGGCUUACUAGCCCCUAAUUUUGAGAUCGACACGGAAACAUGACAUUGAUGAGCUGUGACAACGUCCGUGACUAAUUUAGCCUCACAGCACCGGACCUCAAUGAGUUUCAAGGGCGGUUCACGUCUAGACUCAACCUUUGCAAAGCACAUCAGGACGGCACAAGAUGAGGGAUGUUGUCAUGCGUGAUGAAGAGUACUAAAGCAAGGGAUUACGGAGACCAUGCAAGGGACUCAAAACGAGUCAUUGCAAGACGAACAUUUGCAGGUCUCUAGACCUGGUUCGUGACAAAUUCUCCGUCAUGUGUGGAUUUGGAGCCCCUUGAAUGAUCACCUGGCAGACUGGCAGUAUGAUACAUCGAGGUUGUAAUAACGAUAUGAUCAACGCCCACAUGCUUUUCUCCAUCUCGUG